UUGGACGUAUAAAAAGAGCAUUUUUCGCUUAUUUAUUUUGCUUGCCUCUCGCCUAUCACUCGUGCCAUAUAUAUAUACACACACACACACUCUUUCUCUCGAACACACAAUCAUAUGUAAAUACGCAGGAAUAAUCAGCGGGUCAAGCGGUGAAUUGUACAUACGCACUUAUGUACAUACAUAUAUCUACAUACAUACAUAUGUGAUUGCAAUUGUUUACAAAGAUACUAAAGUGAUAGAUUGAUUUGUAUUUAAACGCUCGUAGCAGAUACAAGAUGUAUGGGAAGCUGCAGGCUCUCAAGUGAAAAGAAAACGAAAUAGAAAAUAUAGUCGCUAUAAUAUAAAUAAUCCAAAUCCAAAGGAAUAUAAACGCAAGACCGAGAGCAAGAGCGCAUAAAUGCUAAAUGAAACAUAAAAUAUGGCGGGUAUAUUUCGAUCUACCUCUCUGAACAACUCAAAUGAUGCUGGUGGUGGCACUCCAUUCAAGAGAUAUUCGCUGAACACGGGCAACGGAACGUUCUGCACCACUCCGGGAACCUUUCAAGAUGUCACCAUGGAGAACUCAUAUGCCAGUUUUGAUGUGGCACGACCACCGGGAGGCAGUCAAUCGCCCAUGUUGGUCCAAGGCCGAUCGGUGCGCGAGCUGGAAGAGCAGAUAUCCUCGUUGCGCAAAGAGAACUUUAACCUGAAGCUGCGCAUCUACUUCAUGGAGGAGAAUCAGUCUGGCGCCCGUGGCAAUCACUCGGUAGAUACCUUAAAUAAGCAGCUAAUCGACUCCAAGAUUGAGGUCGAGAUGCUUCGCAAAACAGUCGAUGAGAAGAUGGAGCUGUUGAAGGAUGCUGCCAGGGCCAUUUCGCACCAUGAGGAGAAGCAGCGCAAGGCGGAUCUUGAUAGUCAGACCAUAAUAGAUGGACUGCAGGAACAGAUACGCGCAUACCAAUUCACGUCAUCGAAUCAAUCAGGCGACUACAUUGAUUUCCAGAAGCUCAAGCGCCUGGAGAUGGAAGUGCAAAGACUGGAGGAGGAACUGUUAGAGACCAACAAGCGUAAUGCGGAAACCCAAAACGAGCUUGAAUUCGCUCUGGCCGAGCGCUCCGAAUCUCUGACAGCCUGCGAGGCCAAAAUCGAGGAGCUGGCCAUCAAGAAUGCCGAGAUGGUGGAGCUCCUCGAAGCAAAUACCGAAUCCAGUGACGCAGCAAAUGCCAAGCGGGAACUGGGUGCCCAACUGGCUGACAAGGUGUGUGAGCUCCAGGACGCCCAGGAGAAGCUAAAGGAGCGUGAGCGCAUACACGAGCAGGCUUGUCGCACCAUCCAGAAGUUGAUGCAGAAGCUGAGCAGUCAAGAGAAGGAGAUUAGGCGGCUCAACCAAGACAAACAGCAGGAGCAGAAGUCGGUCAACAAGGAGAACGACAGCGGUAAGGCUUUAGCUUCACCAUCGACGACAGGCGGACGCUCGCUGAGUGACAAUGAGGCCUGCUCCCCUGAAAUCUCAGUCAGCCUCAAGGUGCGCUACGAACAAAAGAUCGCUGAGCAGGAGGAGAAAAUCAAACAGCUGCAGGCCGAGGUCAAGAAAAAGACGGCCAACCUACAGAACUUGGUCAACAGGGAGCUGUGGGAGAAAAAUCGCGAGGUGGAGCGCCUUACCAAGCUGCUGGCAAACCAACCCAAGACGCUGCCCCAAAUUGGUGAGGAGUCUGGCGGUGAGGCUGAUCUACAGCAAUCCUUCACCGAGGCGGAGUACUCGCGGGCCUUGGAGCGUAACAAGCUGCUGCAGCGCAAGGUGGACGUGUUGUUCCAGCGCCUGGCGGACGAUCAGCAGAAUUGUGCUGUGAUCGGGCAACUGCGUUUGGAGCUCCAGCAAGCUCGAAUGGAAGUGGAGACUGCAGACAAAUGGCGCUCCGAGUGCAUGGAUGUUUGCAGUGUUUUGACCAACCGACUGGAAGAGCUGGCCGGCUUCCUUAACUCUCUGCUGAAGCACAAGGAUGUGUUGGGCGUGCUGGCAGCUGAUCGUCGUCGUGCCAUGCGAAAGGCUGUUGAUCGCAGUCUUGAUCUCUCCAAGAGUCUCAACAUGACCCUCAACAUAACAGGUGCUUCGCUGGCCGACCAGAGUCUUGCGCAGCUAUGCAAUCUCUCCGAGAUCUUGUACACCGAGGGAGAUGUUAGCCACAAGACUUACAACUCCCAUGAGCAGAUCCAUGCCGCCAGUUCGAUGUCUCCCUCCAUGGAGAACCUUAAGGCGGAGAACAAGGCUCUAAAACGGGAGCUGGAGAAACGGCGCAGCAACGACGGCCAGCAGCUGCCGCGCAAAGAGCGUCGCUCACUGCCUUUGCCCACUCAACAGCUGGACAAUCAGAGCGAGUCGGAGGCUUGGUCGGAGCCAGAUCGCAAGGUAUCUCUGGCACGCAUAGGACUCGAAGAAACCUCCAAUAGUUUGGCAGCGCCGACAGAGCAGCCGGCAAGCGAGUCUGAGAGCGAAGGAAGAGCUUGUUCCAUGCGCCAGGAGCGUAAUCGCAACAGCGAGCGCAUUGCCCAGCUGGAAGAGCAGAUUGCCCAGAAGGACGAGCGUGUUCUGAAUGUGCAGUGCCAGCUGGUGGAGCUGGACAAUCGCUACAAGCAGGAGCAGCUGCGGUGCCUGGAGAUUAGCCAGCAGUUGGAGCAGCUGCGAGCCAUCAACGAGGCGCUGACCGCUGAUCUGCAGGCCAUAGGCUCGCACGAGGAGCAGCGGAUGAUGGAACUGCAGCGCCUGCUGGAGCACAAGAACCAACAGAUUGACCAGCUGAAAUUGGCCCAGAGCACUCUGACUGCGGACGCACAGAUAACUGAGAUGGAACUGCAGGCGGCACAGCAGCAAAUCCAGGAGAUGGAGCAGCAGCAUGCCGAGUCCGUAAAAAUACUGCAGUCGCAGCUGGAGCAGAACAAGCAAGAUGCUUUACUGCAGCUGGAGGAGCACGAGCGCCUGCACAAGGAGACUCUGGAGCGCGACUGGGUGGCACUGACCACAUAUCAAGAGCAGGCCCAGCAACUGCUGGAGCUGCAGCGUUCCCUGGACUAUCACCAGGAGAACGAGAAAGAACUGAAGCAAACGCUUGUCGAGAAUGAGCUGGCCACGCGGGCGCUGAAGAAGCAACUGGACGAAAGCACCCUGCAGGCCUCCAAGGCGGUUAUGGAACGCACCAAGGCAUACAACGACAAGCUGCAGUUGGAGAAGCGCUCCGAAGAACUCAAGAUGCAGCUAGAGGCGCUGAAGGAGGAGCAACGAAAGUUGCAGCAGCAGCAGAAGCGUGCCAAUAGCAGCGAUGUCUCGCAGUCAGGUUACACAUCCGAGGAGGUAGCAGUGCCCAUGGGUCCCCCGGCUGGACAUGGACAAGCGCCCUGCUCUGCCUCCAAUCCGGCAACGGCUGCAGUCUUGGCCCAGAGGGUCAACAACUCGUCACCCGAUCUGGGCAUAGAGAGCGACGCCGGAAGAAUCUCCAGCGUGGAGCUGUCCAAUGCUCAGCGAGCUAUGUUGAAGACUGUGGAGCUAAGGAACGGUGAGCAAGUGGCGGUGGUCAGCCAGAAUAUAAAGUCAGACCAUUCGACUUCACCCGACAGCAAAGCCAACCUGAUUGCAUCACCAUCUUCCGCAGCCACAGUUACGGCCCACGACUGUGCCAAGGUAGAUCUUGAAAACGCAGAAUUGCGACGUAAACUAAUCCGCACCAAGCGAGCAUUCGAAGACACCUACGAAAAGUUGCGUCUGGCUAACAAAGCAAAAGCACAAGUCGAGAAAGACAUCAAGAAUCAGAUACUAAAAACGCACAACGUGCUGCGAAACGUUCGCUCCAACAUGGAGAAUGAGUUAUAACGAUCGCGCCGACGUCCAGUUAAUCAGCAUUAACCCGAGAGGCCACAUCCGAACCACCCACCCACCCAUUUCUUGCCAUUUUGAAACAUUUUUGCCAUCAUUAUCGUUACUUUCGUUUAUUCUCGUCAGCAUAUUGCAAUUUGUUGUCUCGUUUGCUAACUUGAUAAUAAUUUACGUACAUCUACUUGUUGUGUGGAAUGGAACGGAAACAACGAAGUUAUUAACACGAAUACCUAUGCAUUUUCAAAAGACUGUUUGGGGCAUCUAACUGAGCCCGAAAGAACGAAAUAUCACAUUUGUUUUGGCAACCUGUAUCUAAUGAUCACUACCUUAUAACCUGGAGCACUCAUUCAUAUUGAAUGAUAACAUAAAAUGUAUAUUAGAACGUGUAUAUAUUCAUCCUCGUAGUACCUUAAAAUUUAUGAAUACUCUCUAGCGUACAAAACUCUGGUUUUAUGUGUCGAAUAACCCAACCAUUGAUCCUGUUUCCAUCACUUGCAUGUAGCUAAAGCUUUCUUAAUUACUUAACCGCCGCUCUAAAUUACUGAUUUCAGUUAAUCAUCGAAACGGACAUUGAAAUAAUUGUUUGAAAAAUGAAA